AUGUUACCCCCAGCAUCUGUGGGUAAGGCACCCACAUCGCCAGCUAAACGAGCUGCUUCUCCUGCUUCAACUUCUUCCUUGCCUUCGUCCAGUCUUCGAUCCUCGGCGUCCUCAUCUCUUAGUGCUUCUUCAGAAAAGCUGAACAGUUCCGAGUCGAAGUCGUCUGGAAGUAAACUGGACAUGGAUCAGAUCAGUACAAUGACCCUGGAGCAGUUUAAAAACUUGCUCAACAACCAGCUGAUCACGACAGCAAGAGAACGAGCUCCAAGUAUUGGUUCUGCAGUCGAGUCAUCUUCUCGUCCGACAAGACAGAUGGGUGGUACCUCAAAUAAACUUCAGAAUCCCUCCACAAAGAACUUUAACCCAAAUCUUAAUGGACAAGGACGUGGCCCAAGGCAGACCCCUGGUCGUAGAUCUGCUGAUCACAGUCCUGAUGUUCACAGACGGAUGCGGUCACCAUCACCCAAACUGUACAGUCAACCAGGAGAGAAUGCUGGUCUUGAGGGAUCCAGUGGUGGCGUAAAGCCCAGGGGGAAACGAUCUGGGUUAAGUUUCCUUCCUAGGCCAAGCACACAGUCUUCAUUACAGCUUAAUGGAGAAUCCAAGAUACCUAUGAAGAAAUUGGGAGAUACAACUGUAACUCAGGUUUCACGCCCGGUGACUCCGUCUAGUGAGACCAGAGCCCAAAGAUCCCUACCAAGCACCCCCAAGCAGGAACGGAAAUACAACACAAAUCCUCGCCAUUUAAUAGAAGGAAGCAACAUCAAAAAACAAAACAGUUCUACAAAACGCGGGGCCAUCAUGCAGAGGGCCAACACCCCUGGCCCAAGAUUACACACCCCGAAUAAGAUAGAAACUCGACGAUCAUCCACUCCAGGACUCCGAGAGUUGCAGAUUUACUCUGAAUCUGGAAAUGCAAAUUUAACUGACGAUACCCAAUCAUCAGCUGAUGAAGAUGGUGGCGGAUUGAAAACUCCGACUCCUGGAAGACGCCAUGGCUCUCGUUCCCAGAGUGGAUUAUCUUCUCGCUCAUCAUCUGCACAAAGUCUUAGUUUGACAGUAAAGGGUGAUAUUCCCAUUGAGGACUCUCGAAUGACAUCUCAUCCAACAGGUUAUGCAGAACGAUGGCGCCGAAACAAACGGUCAUCAUCAGCAGUUAGAGUAAAAGCUAAUACAGGCAGCCCAGAUACGAUUACUAUAUCACGAACUCAAAGUGGGGGUCAUAGUGUAGUAUUGGGUAAGGCCUCUGCUAGUGAUAUACGUGGUGGUCUGGCCACAGGACGGUCGUCGAGAAGUGAUCUGGGUAGGGACAUGUCUGAAAUUGUUAGAAGAGCACGUUGUACUGUAAAAAAUACAACUACACAAAUUGCCCGUUCACAAAGUGCUGACCGGUUUGCUCAGCGCCAGCGGUCAAGCAGCACUAGCAGUGUUGAAGAUAAUGAUGAAAUGCCAUGGUGUAAAGAUCACCCACAGCAAAGACGUUUAUCAGAGCUUGGAAACAAAACCUCUGCUGCUGCUGCACGGAGCAAUAGCCUUAAAUAUGAAAGAAGUGGACAAUCUAGACGUGGUGGAUCCAUCACCCCUAAUUCAAUUGAUAUCUGUGAUUUUGACCUCAGCUCCCGGCCAUUGGAUGAAAUUAAGGCAGCUUUGAAUCCUGUUAAUGGCAUUGUACCCCAGGUAUCCGACCCUAAUGAGUUAGAUGCUCCUCCGGAGGACCCAGAAAUGUAUGAACAAAUGGAGAAGCUGUUCGAGGCAUACCGUCAAAAGGAGCUACGUGAUAUGGUAGAAGCAACUGAUCGUAACAAGGACUCGUUAGCCAUUCCAUCAGACAGGCAGGAUGAUGAUGACGAUUCAAGAGGGAAUAAUACGGACGUGUCAUCCCUAGACAGUAAUAUAAAUCUCCCAGUCAGCGGCCACUCAUCUCAAGCCGGAUCUCGACGGUCAUCUCUCCAGAAGACGUCCGAUGCAGAAUCUAUUGAAAAGGUAUCUGGGUCCUUGAAAGAGCAAAAUAAAGCACAAAUGCGUCAAAAUAGUGGCAGCAGCCGGAUCCCUACUUCUCGGAUUCCUGGGCUUCGCCUAUGCCGGAUCCCAACACCGAAAUCAGGCAGUGGAACCAGUAACAGUGGCAUUCCGCAAUCAACAACUGGUCACCAGAGAAAUGGCGAGAAGACAUACCCUGAUAUGGAUUAUGCUGAUGAUAACAAUGCUUCUGCCAGCGACUGUUACGAGUUCUUAACCAGUGAACAAGUCAGUGACAAUUCUCGGCGUACAUCAUACAGUGACGAAAGUUCUGUAUCGACCUCGGACACAAGCAAUGUCGGGCAGCGAUUGGGUUCGGAGACCUCUGUCCCCAAAGUUGCUAAGCCUCUUACCACUGGUCGGCAACGGCUUAUCAGUAGAAGAUGUAACAAACCUGAAAACCGAUCUGACAAAUCCAAAUUGCUCUCUCAGUCUCCUGAUAUCUAUCUUGAACAUUGUCUGAUUUGCUUUCAUAUCUAUCCAACUGUUUCUGUCAAUCUAUCUGUUUCUCUCUAUGCACUUCUUUCUAUCUGUUUCUCUCUAUGCACUUCUUUCUAUCUGUUUCUCUCUAUGCACUUCUUUCUAUCUGUUUCUCUCUAUGCACUUCUUUCUAUCUGUUUCUCUCUAUGCACUUCUUUCUAUCUGUUUCUCUCUAUGCACUUCUUUCUAUCUGUUUCUCUCUAUGCACUUCUUUCUAUCUGUUUCUCUCUAUGCACUUCUUUCUAUCUGUUUCUCUCUAUGCACUUCUUUCUAUCUGUUUCUCUCUAUGCACUUCUUUCUAUCUGUUUCUCUCUAUGCACUUCUUUCUAUCUGUUUCUCUCUAUGCACUUCUUUUCUAUCUGUUUCUCUCUAUGCACUUCUUUCUAUCUGUUUCUCUCUAUGCACUUCUUUCUAUCUGUUUCUCUCUAUGCACUUCUUUCUAUCUGUUUCUCUCUAUGCACUUCUUUCUAUCUGUUUCUCUCUAUGCACUUCUUUCUAUCUGUUUCUCUCUAUGCACUUCUUUCUUCUGUUUCUCUCUAUACUUCUUUCUAUCUGUUUCUCUCUAUGCACUUCUUUCUAUCUGUUUCUCUCUAUGCACUUCUUUCUAUCUGUUUCUCUCUAUGCACUUCUUUCUAUCUGUUUCUCUCUAUGCACUUCUUUCUAUCUUUUCAACUGUUUCUUUUUAUUUAUCUAUCUCUCCAACUGUUUCUAUCUCUCCAACUGUUUCUAUCUCUCCAUCUACCUCACUCCUCCUAUUUCCCUCCUAUCUAUCUCACUCCUCCUAUUUCCCUCCUAUCUAUCUCACUCCUCCUAUUUCCCUCCUAUCUAUCUAUCUAUCUCACUCCUUUUUGUCUGUUUCUUUCAAUCUAUGUAUCUGACUAUAUCUAUCUCACUCCUGUUAUCUAUCUCCUCUUAUUACACUCGUAUACAUCCUAUCACCUCAGUUUCCUUUUAUGUUUCUCUCAUUCUCUUCAUUUCUCGAUCUCAAAUUUUGUCUUUGUCUCUUUCUAUUGUCUCCUAUCUAUCAUGUGUGUGCAUAUAUAUAUAUAUAAAAUCUGUUCCUAUCUAUCUUUUAAUCUGUCUUGGUCUUCUCCUAUCUCAACUCUUAUCGUUAUCACUAUAAUGUUUUGUUUCUGA